GAGAGAGAGAGGAGCAAUAAAUGGAUAAUAUACCAAAAAAAGGAAGAUAGGGAGUCAGCACCCGGAAAAGUCAACAAAAAUAAGAGGAAAUGAGAGUAGAACUUAUGCAAAGUGGAUUUAAUGAUGAAAUAGAAUGAACUUCCAGGACCCACUAAUAUUUGUAACACCUUUAUUUUUCUCUGAGAAUUUAGAUAAGGUUCAAGUUGUAGACUUGCACUGAGGGCAACAAUGGUGAAGCUAAAAUUUAUGUUUAGCAUUAAAUAAGUUAUAUAGAAGCCAACUCUUUAAAGAAUUGUCCCAUGCGUUUGUUCGGUCAUCAAUGAUCACCAAACACUAGUCUGUUAUGCUUGCGUCUGUGAAGACUGACGACGCUGAAGGCUAUCAAUAUAUUUGUUACACAUCAAUGCUAAUAUCUACCAAUCCUAAGUGUAAAUUACGUAACUAAUUUCUGCAAUUUUCUUUUCUAUGAAAUUCCCGAUACAAUCAUGCCUCUAGGCGACAGGCCUCUGCCUAGAGCCUAGGCAGUGCCCAGACCGCCUGGGCAAGUUGUGUAUCACCUUUAAAAAAAAAUAAUCUUAAAAAUUCACAAAAAUUGAGGAGAAAAACAUAUAUUUAAAAGUCUAAAAUCAAUUAAUCAACAAAAGUCAAUAGAAAUCUAGAAUCAACAUAACUGAAAUCAAUUAACUAAAGUGAAGAAGUAGAACUGAAGUUGUAGAAAAUCCUAAAUGCUCGGCAUUAAGGUUUUUUGCCUUCUAUGGACCACUAAAACCAACCAACCAGUUUGUUCUUUAUUUGUUUAAAAAAAUUAAAAAACAAAACAAUGUGGUUAAAUUUUUUUUUUUUAAAGCCCCAAAAAAAGGGGUAGGACAGUAUUGCCCUGCUGCCCAGGUCAAGGCAGGCGGCAUGGGGCCUCCUAGUGCAUAAGCCCUGCCAAGCAAAGCCUAGGCGGCGCCUUUUGCAACACAUAUUCCAGCCUAUUAUGAAUGUGGUAGUUUUAAAAUAUGUUAUCAACAAUCAAAUUAUUGCUAGGUAUAAAGGUUUUAGGCAGAUGAAUAAUUUGGGAUGUUGCAUACAAACCUGCACGAUUUCGAAAGAGAGCAAGCUUUCAGCAUUCUGCCAUUCCUGUGUCUCAAAGCAGCUAAAGACUGUUCAUGAAUAAGAUGGAGACCAUCAUCAUGCUAUCCAAACCACUCAUCAUGUUGCAAGCUCAACAAAAGGUAUAAAGGAGAGAGCUUCCUUGCUUGACUUGUUUCUCUAGAAUGAGAAUUCACAAGAACAUUUCAAUUACUUCCACACUGCACAAAAAAGGAACCAAAACAAGAAACUAAUUUUCAGUUG